UUUUUCACUCUGACUCUCUCUCUCUUCGAUCCACUUCCCGGUCAUGCAGCGGUCCGGCCCAGAAACGCCCAGGAUACGGAAUUGAUGACCAUGGGUUCCUGUUGGUGGAUAACUAGGUUUUGUGUCGAGGAUAUGGCGGCUUUCUCGAAGAUGUCGGUAUUGAUUGAUAGAUAUUGCAUGCUUUGUUGUACAGAUCCAAUUGUGGCCUCAGGAUAAGAGAGAGACCCGAUGUUGAAGGGCCUGCGGACUCCGUCCCAUCACUCUCAAUCUCGGCUCGCGCACGGGACCAGAAGAAGAAAAAUAGUGCAAAAUCCUCCGUGCAUACCGAUCCAUCCAUUCAUGAUCGAUCAUUUCCAGUCCAGGCUCAUAUUCUCCGGGUGUGUGGUCCCCCAUUCUAGUAAUGAUUCGGUGGGUUUCGCUUCGGGUGGUUUUAUAUUAUGCCUAUUACUCACUCGUUGUUUCUCUUUGAUCCUCGGAUCAUCAUCAUCACGUUCAUCCUAUUCAUUGCCAUUCCAGAAAGGGGCAAAGAAGGAAAAAAGAAAAUGGUCAAAGUUAAAAUCUGAAAGAGCUGGAAACCUUGAGGUCUCUCCUGCGCUCAACAAGCGAGUUGAUUUGCUGCAGCUACCCGUCUUUAUCAUCCCUACGGUCCUAUAGUUCGGUACGUAACCACAUAGUCCCAGAUGCAAUAAUGGAUCUACGGCCAGUCGAUCGCUCCAAAAGAGUGGAAAGCCCAAAGAAGAUAAAUUUUUGAAUCAUGAAAUUCCAUCUCUCCCGAUUUCUGUCCCCACCAGGUACCGUUGCAGGAUUCCAGGAACCUCUUCCCCGAAGACCCCGUCCCUACACUAGUAAGCAUCGGUAGCAUGCAAACCGCCUUUUGGCUGCCGUCCCGGCAACUUCGUGAGAAUUUCUGGAUAUGAACAAAUGCAGGUUAGCGGAAUCCCCCUCUCUUCCUUCUCCCCCUUCGCCGCGGGGGGGGAAGAAUAUCGGUCUGGAAUUCCUUAAACAGGCCAUCGCCAUGGAGUCGGUGAGCGCUGACCAUCAAGUUUGGGCCGAUUCUUUCCAUAUGGCGCACGUUGUUGGGGAUCUUUUUUUUUGCAUUGUUAAUUCCUUGACCGCUUCUAUGUAUAUUACACAUGGCAGUGAGAAACUGGACUGUUGGGUUUCGUUGGUCUCCACUGGUUAGUAAGGGCAAGAGAAAAAGGAAAAUAUAUCCAGAGCCACUCCAGAUCGAAAGAAGAAAAGCAUUAGAGUAAGAGGGAGUCGCCGCCCAAUUUCAGUCUUUUUCAGUUAGUGUAGCUUCUCUCACAUUUCUCUCGUACCCCAGUUCCUUUUUUCAGCCUUUUCUU